AUGUGCGUGAUCAAAGAAGUCAAUCUUGGACUGCUAACUCCUCAAGAAAAACAGGAAGCGUGGAAUGAAACGCUUAUUUUGCAGAACUUAGAACCUUACCCUAACGUUAUUGACUACUUCGAAGCGCACCUGGACCCGGAAGGAGAAAAGCUGUCUCUAAUCAUUGAAUAUGCAGACAGCGGAGAUCUUGCAACCCAGGUUCUGUGCAGAAUGGCUUUGCUUGAUGAGCAAAAUGGCGCCAAGCGGGCAGUAUGCCGUGCUCUUCCCGAAAAAAUCACCCGUUGUGAAGGUCCAUUCUUCCAGGAACAGCAUAUCAUGCUUGUAUUUGUGCAAUGCCUAUUCGGGUUGCAUCAUCUACACAAGAACAGCAUCAUGCAUCGAGACAUUAAGACUCACAAUAUUCUUCUGUUUAGCAAUGGCCUCGUGAAGCUGGGCGAUUUCGGGGUUGCCAAAAGCUUCAAGCGUACAAAAGUUCGCAAGUCUUACGUGGGAUCGCCCCUCUACAUGGCUCCUGAAAUCCAUUCCAGCCAGGGCUAUACGUACAAGGCUGAUAUAUGGUCGCUUGGAUGCGUCCUUCACGAGCUCUGCUGCCUCAAACACCCGUACACUGAUCUUCUGCACCUGAUUAAUCGCAUGCUGCAAAAAGACCCGGAUUUACGUCCCAGCACUGCUGAGAUAAUUCGCAUGCCCUUUGUGUACAAGUAUUCAGAGUAUGAAGUUCUUCACCACUUCAAACAAGUCCAUGAGGAAUUUAAUGGUGCACUUUGUGACCUGCCACCUGCCUUUCCAUGCCUAGAAGCAACAAACAUGCGCGGGCAAGACGGAGAAGUUAAAACUGUGACGGAAACGGAGUUAUUCACGUCUGAGGAGGAGGCAAUACCGGCUGUGACGACCGAGUUUGAACAUACUCAGAAGAAAGGAGAGUCACCUGAAGGGCUCUUAGCUUCCGCGGCGAAAUUUCAUGAUCUCCAAUAUGUAACUAACAGUUCUAGAGGCAAGGAUGGAGCUGCGGUUAGUGUGGUUGAGGCGUGCGCAGACUUGCCAUGGAAGUCUCCAGCUACAGUAGAAGCAGACAACUUGGGGGAGGCACAGCUAGAUGAUAAGCAGUUCCUUAUUCCAGAUAUCCCACUUAAACCAGCUGAACCCCCACCCGACAGGAGCGCUUCAGCUGGCGACCGAGAACUACUUUUUCUGCUAGAUGCUUUGACACCCGACGGCAGGCCCACCUCCGCGGACCAUGCCAGACCCCCAACAAAAGAGUCAAGUCAGAACGGCAGUGCGACCAAAAAUGUCAUUUCUUUCGAAAAGGUUUCUCCACUGAAUAGUGUGGAUCCACAAGCCAAGGGCGCCAGCAACCCAGGAAUUCAGCUGAACUCCCCUCAGCCCAAGCAUGUGGUUCUUCCGCUCCCUCUGGCAAUAUUGGUCAACGGAAAGCUGAAAGUUUCUGGGUAA